ACCUGCCAAGUGGGCGUGGCUUGGAGGAAGUUCUUGAUGACAUGUUGAGCGCGGGGAGCCACUCUCAUCUGCCAAGCUGAGAGGACGAAAUGGGAAAGUCAGGUGGAAGAGGCGACUUUGAAUGGGUCUACAAUGACCAGCCGCACACGGCGAGGAGAAAAGAAAUUCUGGCCAAGUACCCACAGAUCAAGUCCCUCAUGGGUCCAGAUCCCCAGCUCAAGUGGGUAGUGUCGGGCAUGGUGUUGUCCCAGCUCCUUGCCUGCUACCUGAUCCACAAUCUCCCCUGGAAGUGGAUUCUGUUCUGGGCCUAUGCCUUCGGAGGCUGCAUCAACCACUCUCUGACCUUGGCCAUCCACGACAUCUCCCACAACGUGGCCUUUGGCAACAAGUUGGCCAAGUGGAACCGCUGGUUCGCUAUGUGGGCCAACCUUCCCAUCGGAGUGCCCUACUCGGCGUCCUUUAAGAAGUACCACAUCGACCAUCACCGCUACCUCGGCGGCGACAAAUUGGAUGUGGACAUUCCUACGGACUUUGAGGGGUGGUUCUUCUGCACGCCUGCCAGGAAGAUCAUCUGGCUCUUCCUGCAGCCUUUAUUCUACGCCCUGCGCCCUCUGCUGGUCAACCCUAAACCAGUAUCUAUGCUGGAGGUCCAGAAUGCUGCUGUUCAGUUGGCCGCGGACGCCAUAAUCUACUAUCUGUGGGGGAUGAAGCCCAUUGUUUACCUCAUCGCGGGAUCGAUCUUAUGUAUGGGACUGCACCCCAUCUCCGGACAUUUCAUAGCCGAGCACUACAUGUUUCUGAAGGGACACGAGACAUACUCCUACUACGGACCCCUCAACUGGAUCACAUUCAAUGUCGGGUAUCAUAUGGAGCACCACGACUUCCCGAGCAUACCUGGCAGUAAACUACCUCAGGUGAAGCAGAUCGCAGCAGAAUAUUACGACUGCCUGCCUCAACACACUUCCUGGACCAGGGUACUAUGGGACUUUGUGUUCGACGACAGCAUCGGCCCGUACGCCAGAAUCAAGCGGGAGUACAAGCUGAGAAAGCAGGAGUAGACUGAGCUUCAAAAACGGCGACAGGAAUGUGAAUUUCAUCGUAGUUAACACUCCAGGGUGGAUCUUCGUUUCUCUAUUAUUAUUAAAAAAAAUAAUAAUAAAAAAAAUCAAUGCAAGCAUUUCACCUUUCAGAGCCCAGAUAAUAUUGGUUCCUGUUUCUGUCCUCCAAAGAUGGCUGACCAUUUGAGACUACAAAUAAUAGUAUUCAAUAGUGAACAUUAUUUUUUGUACGGUCUUAUACAUUUUCAUGUUCUUUAGUUCUUUAAUUUUUCACCUUCUGCUGCCUGUUAGCGUCAUGUCAUUGUACAUCAACAAUAAUGCGUUCAAAGACAUCAAGAAACAAAAGAAUGCAUUUUUAUUAUGUCGUUUAGGUUGUUUUUGUAGGGGAGUUUACACCUUUCUGUUUUUCUGUGUUUGAUCUAAUGGAGGGAGAACAUUCAAUGCAACAGGAAGCCAACGUCACAGAGUCCCUAAAACGUUUCAUAUGAUGGCUAACGAAACUUUGAGCUUGAGCCAACACUAAGGCAGGACUGCUGGACACGCCCAAAAUCCACCUUUCACCCACACAGUUUGUCAUAGUGUUGUUUCUAUUUAAAUGUCAUAAUAAAUAAACAUAAUAAAUAUCUUUA